AUGGCAGCCGCGGAAGCGAAAGUUUGCGGCGAGGAGUUGCGAAGGCUGCGAGAAGCUGCCGGCCAAGAGGGCGCGGCGGCGGGCCUCGGAGCCUCGGACAUCCUGGCCGCCCUGGAGCGGCUCUCGGCCCUGCAGCUCGACCUGGCGCUGCUGCGCGAGACUGGCAUCGGGCGCGAGGUAAACGAUAAGUUCCUGCGGGCGCACGCCGACGCCGCCGUGCGGGACCGCAGCCGCGCCCUCGUCCACUCCUGGAAGUCCCUGGUCCAGCCCAAGGCGGAACCGCCCGCUGGCGCUGGCAGCGGCGCCGCCGUGCAGGCAGAGGCGCCCGCUGCCGCGCCGGCUGCCGAGGCCGCCGCGCCGGACGGGGGCGCGGCCGCCGACGGGGCCGCGUCCGCCCGGCCGCAGAAGAAGCGGGCUGCCGCGUCCCAGGACGAGGCGCCGAGGAAGGCGAAGGCCGCGAAGGCGGCACCAGCGCCGGCGGCCGACGGCCCCAACGCCGCCCUGGCGGCGCUGUUCUCCGAGCUCGCUGGGUUCGAGUUCAAGCGGAAGGAGAAGUUCAAGGGAGUGGCCUAUAAGAAGGUCGCCGCGGCCCUCCUCGCUCACGACGAGGAGAUCACCGGCGGGCCUCAGGCCGCUGCGCUGCCUGGGAUCGGGAAGCAGUCGGCGACCAAGAUCCAGGAGUACGUCGACACGGGCAAGAUAGAGCGCCUGGAGAGGUACAGGAACGGGGACCUGGAGGAGUAG